AUGAGCAAGCGGCCGGCCCCGGAUGAUGGACUUGAAGCCUCUCCAUCGAAGAGGCCGCAUGUCGAGGGCAUGGCGACCCUGUCUCUCGACGACGGCGACGACGACUUCACAGUCGUCCAGACACCGAGCUCAAUGGUCGAUCCAGAUUCGCCCGUAACCGCAGCAACAACGCCCCGGACCAGGUUUCCCUCAGACCUCAAGACUCUUGCCUGCACCUGGCCGGGCUGUCCCAAGUCCUUUAACCGCCCAGCCCGUCUGCGGGAUCAUCUCAACUCGCACACCAACUCCCGACCCUUUCGCUGUCCGUACGACGACUGCGACAAGGAUUACAUUGAGGAUAAGCACCUGAAGCAGCACGUCAAGGCCGCCCACACGCACGACCGCAAGUACAUCUGCCACAGGGACGGCUGCACCAAGAGCUUCGUCACCGGAACGCGGCUGAAGCGGCAUCAAGCGGUCCACGACGGUGCCGACAGGUUCCGCUGUCAGACUUGCGGUCAAAGUUUUCGGAAGAAAGAAACGCUGCACAAGCAUGUCCGAAAGGAUCACCUGCACAAACCAGCGUUUGAAUGCCCCGAACCAGCUUGCCAGGCCGCGUUUGACUCGAAGCCAGCGCUGAAGCGACAUCGGGAGAAGCUGCACGGGCCCAUCAAGUUCUGGUGUCUCGAAUGCGGCUCGAAAGCGGAGGAGGACGGGACGGGGAACCGGGUCGGCUUCACGACGGAGCUGCUGCUCCAGCAGCACCUCAAGCAGGAGCACCAGAAUUGCAUUUUCUGCGAUUUCAAGUCGAGCUCGAAAUGGGAUCUGGAACACCAUGUCGAGAUGCACCAUUCCGGCAAGACGGUCGAGGACCGUAAGACGCACGCAUGCACCCACCCUGGCUGCGGAAAGCGAUUCACCAAACGAUCCAACCUCAACACCCACGUUCGCACCGCCCAUGAGGGUUUCCGAUUCGUAUGCGGAGACGUCGACUUUGCCGGCCCCGGCUUCGAAGCAUGGUCCAACGAUCAGGCUUGUGGCGACAAGUUCAGCACCAAGGCCAGGUUGGAGGAGCACGUCCGUUUCAUUCACCUGGGUCAGGAGCGGCCAAAGCUGUCGAGGCCGGGCAAGGCCAAAGCGGAUCGGAUCAUCGAUGACAUCUCGGGUACCGCCACCAAGGCCAAGCAGGUCAUCACCUGCCCCCACUGCGACGAAAAGUUUAAACGAUAUCAUGACCUCAACCUGCACACGGCCAGGGACCACGGCCCGUCCCGAGAAGCCGACGCAGGAGUCGUUCGCACCGACGCGCUCUUUCCAGAGCCUUCCAGUUUCGGACUAGGCGAUGCCCAGUCUGUGUGGUCCGACCAGUUGCCGCAGGAGGAGACGCAGGAGGAGGAGCUGUUCGCGGCGCAGAUGGACUAUGGUCCACCGCAGGACGACUGGCAAGAGGACGAGGCCAACAUCCUGCUCCUUGCACGGGAUCCUCCAGGCACGUUGGAGUGCCGCAUUGAUCCUUUUCUGGCAUGUUAG